GGGCACACGGCGGUGUGGAUGGACCCAGGGUGACACGGGGGGUGUCGCACCCCACGUCCCCGCGGGACACAUUCCUCGGGGCAGGUUUUUCCGGCUCGGCCAUCGCCCCGGAUGCCCGGGUCCCCCCCGCCGGGGGGGUGUCCCCAGCGUGACUUUGCCGUUGUCACCUUCUCCUCCCCAGGUCACCGAGCGAUGGUGGCGGCGGCCGAUGAGUCGGAGCCCUGCGGGACCCCCGUGCUGAGGCGGGUGGUGGGGGGCACGGGGGCGCAGGCGGGACAGUGGCCCUGGCAGGUCAGCAUCGCCUUCCAGGGGCGUCACGUCUGCGGGGGGUCCCUCAUCGCCCCCGCCUGGGUCCUCACCGCCGCACACUGCUUCCCACCGGAGAACCCCCUCUCUGAGUACCGGGUGACACUGGGGACCCUGCAGCUCCUGUCCCCCCCCGCCGACGCCCAGGUGAGGCGGGUGGCCGCCGUCACCCGCCACCCCGCCUACCGCGACGGGGACGUCACCGAGGGGCAGGGUGACAUCGCCGGGGACCUGGCGCUGGCCCGGCUGGACCCCCCCGCCACCCUCACCCGCCUGGUGCGCCCCAUCUGCCUGCCCGGCCCUGCCGUCCGCUUCCCCCCCGGCACCAACUGCACCGUCACCGGCUGGGGGGACGUCCACACCGCCGGGCCCCUGCCGCCCCCCAAGACGCUGCAGCAGCUGGAGGUGCCGCUCCUCAGCCACCGGCGCUGCCGCUGCCUCUACGCGAGGACGGGUGACACGGAGGGCCUGGGGACACCCGCCGGGGACACCCUCUGUGCCGGCUUCCCCCAGGGACAGCGCGACGCCUGCCAGGGUGACUCGGGGGGUCCCCUCUCCUGCCUGGUGGGGGACGCCUGGCUGCUGGCGGGAGUGGUGAGCUGGGGGGAGGCCUGCGGCCUCCCCGGCCGCCCCGGCGUCUACACCCGCGCCGCCGCCCACGCCGCCUGGAUCGCCGCCGCCGUCCCCGAGGCCCCCCUGCGCCACCCCCACCUCCCCCCCUUCGCCGAGGACGACGUCCCCUGCGAGGACGGGGACCCCCUGGCGGCGCCCCCCGCGGCCUGGCCCUGGCCUCUGCCCCCCAAAGGAGGCAGCAGCGCCGCCCACCCAGCCGCUCGCCCCGGCCACCUCCUGCUGCUGCUGGGGCUCCUGCUGCCCCUCGGCCUCCGAUGAGCACCCCGAGGGGCUGGGGGCACCCCGAAGGGGCUGGGGUGGGGGGCACCCCCCCCAAGCCGGCACCCAAAAUGACUGGUGACACCCAAGAUGGGUCAUGGCGCCCAAGAGGGAUCACGGCACCCCCCAACUCGGCCCCCAGGAUGGCUGACAGCACCCAAACGGACUCACGGGACCCCCAACUCGGCCCCCAGGAUGGCUGACAGCACCCAAACGGACUCACGGGACCCCCAACUCGGCCCCCAGGAUGGCUGACAGCACCCAAAAACACUCAUCGGGACCCCCAACUCGGCCCCCAGGAUGGCUGACAGCACCCAAACGGGCUCAUGGGACCCCCAACUCGGCCCCCAGGAUGGCUGACAGCACCCAAAGGGACUCACGGGACCCCCAACUCGGCCCCCAGGAUGGCUGACAGCACCCAAAGGGACUCACGGGACCCCCAACUCGGCACCCAGGAUGGCUGACAGCACCCAAACGGACUCACGGGACCCCCAACUCGGCCCCCAGGAUGGCUGACAGCACCCAAACGGACUCACAGGACCCCCAACUCGGCACCCAGGAUGGCUGACAGCACCCAAACGGGCUCAUGGGACCCCCAACUCGGCCCCCAGGAUGGCUGACAGCACCCAAACGGGCUCACGGCACCCCCAACUCGGCCCCCAGGAUGGCUGACAGCACCCAAAGGGACUCACGGGACCCCCAACUCGGCCCCCAGGAGGGCUGACAGCACCCAAAGGGACUCACGGGACCCCCCAACUCGGCCCCCAGGAGGGCUGACAGCACCCAAACGGACUCACAGGACCCCCAACUCGGCACCCAGGAGGGCUGACAGCACCCAAACGGGCUCACGGGACCCCUAACUCGGCCCCCGCGACGGACCACGACCGCCACCCUGGCUCCGCGCGCCCGUAACGGUUUGUGGCACCCACCGUAACCCUGAGCCCCCCCAACUAGUCACCCACAUUGUCCCCCUCCCAAAUAAACCACCCGAGCACUCCA